AUGGAUCACUGCCUCCGCAUUAGGAAUCAUGCAUACUCGCGUGCUUUCACGGGCUUCAUGCACAAGCAGCGACCCCUUUGGCCAUCGCCCAACAUUCACAAAUAUCAUCAACCUCAGACAAGAACAAUUUCAGACUUUACUCAAACCACACUUCUCAAACAAACACCCUUUAAGAUGCCUCAAUCCACCUCUACCGCGCCCCAGGAGAGAGCCCAGCCCUGGAAGGCCAUGCAGGAAGUCCAGAACCUGUUCAAGCCCGAGGUGCCCGCCGCUGCUGAGACCGCCGACAAGGCCGAAGAAGAAGAGCCCUUGAAGCUCAACUUGCUCCGGGCUCAAUUCAACUCCGCCAGAUCCAACAUUGCCAAUGUCGAGGAGAAGCACUAA